GUCGUGAAAACAUCGUGCAGUACUUUGGAGCGUCAGUGUUUCUUGGUUUACGAGUUUGACCAACAUGGCGACCAGAGCUAAAUCUCAUCUGAAACAAGAGGAGGGUUCUCCGCGUACACACAAGUGUAGCGAGUGUGGCAAGGAAUUUCCUUGUCAGAGUCAACUGAUGCGACACAUUCGGACUCACACUGGAGAGAAACCUUACGAAUGCGGGGAGUGCAGCAGGCGGUUCAGUCAUCUGAGUAGUCUGAAGGCUCACAUGAGAACUCACACCGGCGAGAAACCCUACAGGUGUGAGGAGUGCGGCAAGCAGUUCAGUCAGCUGUCAAAUCUAAAGACACACAUGCGGAUUCACACUGGCGAGAAACCCUACAUUUUGACCAACAUGGCGACCAGCGCUACAUCUCAUCUGAAACAAGAGGAGUGUUCUCCGCGUACCCACAAGUGCGGCGAGUGUGGCAAAGAGUUUCUUUGUCAGAGUCAUCUGAUGCGACACAUUCGGACUCACACGGGAGAGAAACCUUACGAAUGCGGGGAGUGCAGCAGGCGGUUCAGUCAUCUGAGUAGUCUGAAGGAUCACAUUAAAACUCACACUGGUGAGAAGCCGUACAGGUGUGAGGAGUGCGGCAAGCAGUUCAGUCAGUUGUCAAAUCUAAAGACACACAUCCGGACUCACACUGGCGAGAAACCGUACAAAUGUGAGGAGUGUAGCAAGCAGUUUACUAGACUGGAAAAUUUGAAGAAACAUUUGCGGACUCAGAACCGGCGGUCGCAUAUCAGAACCCACAAAGGUGAGAAACCCUACACGUGUGAGGAGUGUAGCAGGCAGUUCAGUGAGUUGGGUAAUCUAAAGAGACACAUGCGGACUCACACUGGGGAGAAACCCUACAGGUGUGAGGAGUGCAGCAGGCAGUUUAGUGAGCUGGGUAGUCUAAAGAAUCACAUUAAAACUCACACCGGCGAGAAACCGUACAAGUGUGAGGAGUGUAGCAGGCAGUUCAGUCGGCUGGGUACUCUGAAGACUCACAUGCGGACUCACACCGGCGAGAAACCCUACAGGUGUGAGGAGUGCGGCGGGCAGUUCAGUACCCUGGGUAAUCUGAAGAGACACGUGCGAACUCACACUGGUGAGGAACGGUACAAGUGUGAGGAGUGUGGCAAGCAGUUCGCCAGACUGGGAAGUUUGAAGAAACAUUUGCGGACUCACAGAGUGGAACAAUCGAACAAGUCUUAAAAAUGCAACAGAAGCUUUUGCUAGAGUGCGAACUUGAAAACUCAAACCGACGUAAACCUGCCAAUGUCUUUGUAAAAGCUAUCGAGUGGGGCCAUUUUAUAUGUCCUUACUGUUUGAUCUCACUGU